UUAAGACAUUCAUAAAAAUUUCCAUAGUUAGAAAAAAAUAGGAUUUACUUCUGAUAAAUAAAUUUCAUGAUUAAUAUGCCUCACAUGAGAAAGCUUGCUUGGGCCAAGUUAAAAUCUCCAUUUUCAAAACCAGAAACAGGGAAUGAAUGUGGUACCAGUAACUUGAGCAGCAAGCUAAAUGUGAAUGAAGAGUACAAGGAAGCUUUCAGGACAAAGUCUUACGUAGAAAUGUGGAGCAACAUUCAAGGCCAGCUAAGAAGGAAAUCAAUUGAUGGUGUUGAUAGGUUUUCUUCUUCCUCAUCUCUUCCUUUCUACAUACAUCUCUCCGAUUAUCUCUUCGAACCCGAGCAGCAAGAAAAUUUGACCGAAAUGAUUGAAAAAAUGAAGUUUCAUCGCCUUUUAAAUGAAUAUCUUGAAGCAAACUUGGAUGCGUGUAGUCUUUGUGAUUCACUGCUUCGCAGCAUUUAUCAAACUCGUGUUAACUAUCGGAGAAUAGAAAACGUGAUCAAACUGAGCAAAAGGGUUAAGGAUUCUCGAGAUUAUUCGGAUAGUAAAGUAAAUGGUGCAUUGUUGAAAGAUCUUUCGGCAUUUGCAUUGCUGAGAAAUCCUUUAUCUUUAUCUAGUUCAGUACAGUUUGGAGAUGUUCACGGCAACAACUUGGUGUUGCUUCAAAGAUUAAGUUCAGAGCAUAGAAAAAUUGGAAGGAAAGUAAAAUUCAGCAGAAUUUGCAAGAAAAUCGGCGGAUAUUCGCUUGUGAUUGUACACACUGCAAUUUUAGUCGGAUUGCUAGUGAUUGCACUUCAUGGUAUCAUAGGCGUCGUGGCAGCACCAGGGCUGAUGGGUUCUUCAUUCUACUUCUUAAGAAAGAAGAUUAAGUUAAUUAAUGGAGGGCUUAAGACAAGCUUGCUCGAAAAACUCUGUGCGCAGCUUGAUCUUGCAGCCAAAGGAACAUAUAUAUUGAUGAACGAUUUCGAUACCGUGAGUCGUCUUGUGAGGAGUUUAUACAAUGAGAUUGAACACAAAAAGAGUCUUGCUGAGUUGUGUAUCAGGAGUAAAAAUGUUGAUCUACUGAAGGAAGUUGUGAAAGAGUUUUAUCUGCAAGAUUCUUACUAUCAACAGCAGCUAGAUGAGCUAGAAGAACACGUAUAUUUGUGUUUUCACACCAUAAACAGAUCAAGAAGGCUUGUUAUACAAGAGAUUAUGAUGGUUCACAAUAAGAAUGUAAAUAUUGAUUGA